AUUGGAAAAAUUAAACAAAAAUGAAAUUGAGCCUGUACAAAUUGAAGAAGACAAAAAUCUUACACUCUAUAAUCAGCCGGAACAAGGAACAUCAUUGAAUUGUGGAUUGUCUUAUGAUGGAGUACCACCUAAUUGUUGGGAUCGAAAUCAAGUUAAAUACUUUACUGAUGAGUAUAAUUGGUUAUACAUACAUAACAAAAAGUUGGGUUGCAAAAUAUGUAAGAAGGCUAAUUUAAAUUUAAUUAAAAUACAAGGAAUGCAUGUUUCAAAAGAAUGGUGUGAUGGUAAUAUAACAGCAGUCGGUGAUGAUAUUAGUAAGCAGCAGACAAGUCACAGGAAAAAGAUCUCAAAACAUAAAAAUACUCAGGUGCACUUAAAAAUUGAACAAAUGAUCGAUCGAAGUAUGUUAGAAGUAAUACCAAAUCAUUUACAGAAUCUUUCAACUGUUGAUAAUGCAUUAACUGAAAAAAUAUUUAGAACUGCAUAUUGUAUUGCCAAAAAUCAAAGGCCAUAUACUGAUAUGCCCAAACUUGUAGAUCUCCAUGUAAAUAAUGGUUUGGAAAUGGGUCGCAUUUUGCAACCUGAUAAGGCUUGUAGUAACAUAAUAGACCAUAUAUCUUCAGAAAUGCGGAAAAAAAUUUGCAAAGAUAUAGUAGAUAAUGGAAGAAAAUUAUGUAUAAUUGUGGACGAAUCUACUACAAUCAGCAACAAAACUAUGCUGGAAAUUUGCUUAAGAUCUGCUAUUGCUCACAAAGAAGACAUAAUAACUUUCUUUUUUGACAUAAUUGAAUUACAAAACACAUCUGCAAGUACAAUUUAUGAUGCUAUUAUUGAUGAUCUAUCAAAAUAUGGAAUCAACCAUGAAUAUUUAAAAAAAAACUUGGUUGGUUUCGUUAGUGAUGGUGCAUCAAACAUGUUGGGAAGAGUGUCAGGUGUUGGUGUUAAACUACAAAAUGUUUACCCUAAUAUAAUUCUGUGGCAUUGCUGUAACCACAGGCUUGAAUUGGCUGUAUCAGAUACUCUGAAAGAAGUUCAUGGAACUAAUCAUUUUCAAAGUUUUAUUGAAAAACUAUAUGCGUUGUAUCAUCAAUCGCCAAAAAAUAGAAAUGAAUUAAGCUUAUGUGUGCAUCUUUAGAGCAAAAGUUAUUAAAUAUUGGUAAAAUAUUUACCAUUAGGUGGGUCGGCAUCUAGCGAGAAGACUUUGAAGGCUGUUUUUAAUAAUUAUACUUCAUUAUAUAAGCAUUUUUUCAAUGCAUCUAAUGAUAGUCAAAGAGAGUCAAAAGAAAAAGCUAAAUAUACUGGACUGAAGAACAUUUUGACAUCAGUGGAGUUCGUUAAUAAUUUAGGCAUAAUGUAUGAUGCUUUAUCGGAACUGGCAGACUUAUCUUUACAACUUCAAAAUAGGAAUAUAUCUCUUUCAGUAGCAAAUAAUUAUAUUGAACGUGCAACUCGUGUGU